AUGGCAUAUAUUUCCCGAGAUGUUGCUCCAUGGUGCAAGAAGCUUAUUGAAAAUGGAAAUGAUGAUGUUUGGUAUGGCUAUCCUCCUGUAGUUUGUGAUGAAGGAGACGAUGACGACGAUGACUCCGGACAACCAGAACGUCUGUGUCAUCAUGUUAACAACACCAUCACCGAAAAUAAUGUCGGCCUCGACAACGCAGGUACCGCCGGCCAUAACACAGUCCCUGGCGUCAACAUGCCUGGACCUUCUAACUAUAGAGACGAAGCCACAACUUCAUCUUCAUCCAUGCCGCCUCGACUUGAAGAAGGUCGACCACCUCCCCUGAACUAUCCACUCGUCCAAUUUCACGAGGUCCCCGUCCCCGCCGGGACAGACGCCACGACCAGGGAACUGUUCGCGGCAAUCAAUCAAACUAACUAUCUAAUCUCCUCCCAGGGGGAAAGACUGAGGGCGCUCGAGGACGAUCGAAGGCCUCCGAGAAGACACAGGAGACCUCAAUCUCCUCCCCCUCGACAAGCAGAUGAACAUCCCUAA